UUCCACCUCCACGGCACGCAAAAGCCUCCGCCGCCGAAACCCCUCCCCCCGCGCCGCCAAAGCCGCCUCCACAACCCCCCCUCACCCCAACCCCCACCCCCACCCAGGCGCGGCGGCGGCGGCUCCACCUCCACCUCGACCGCGCGAGAGAGCGGAGGAAUCGCCCCUCCUCGCCGGCGCCCUCCUCAGCCCUCGGCUGGCCUGGGCCGAGGCGGAGCGAAGAUCCCUCCAUCUUCGGCUGGUAAGGGAGCCCUAGCUCUGCCCGGGCCGCCGUCGGGUUUCGCUCCGGUGUGCUUACCAUCAUUGUUGCCGUGGGCAGUCGAGUCGCAUCCGGCCAGAUCCGAUGGAGGCGGGCUCCUCCUCGCCCGCGGGCCCCGCGCCGGGGCCGCCGCCCUCCAUACCCCCCUCCGGCGACCAGGGCGUCUGGGCCGACGUCUCGCCGCUCAUCGCCGCCGCCUGCGCUGAUCUCCAAGAUGGGGAACUUGUUCAUGGGGAGAACUUCAGUUUGUUUGCCGCAAUGUCUGCAUUGGAAAUAAUGGACCCUAAAAUGGAUUCCGGUAUCGAGAGAAGUGGAUAUUAUUCCAUCGAUGAAGCCAUAGAAGAUGGCAUUGCCCCAGUUCCACUUAGUUUGGACAGAACACUUGACAUUCAACGAACUCUUGAUGUCAUCGACCAUCUUUUCUCAUGCAACCUGGCACAAGGGUCACACUCUAGCACAAACCGUCUUCACAUGUAUCUACCUUAUGAAAAUGGAGAGAAUUUCAUCGCAUGCUGUCCUAAAUAGCUUCUGCAGGAUUUUGCGUGCUACUUGUAAUUCUGUCAUUUCUGUCGUUUCAACUGCCCGAACUCAUGAGGAAGAAGACCUCUUUACAAUGUCUUUUGGACUGCCUUUGAAUGGUGAAGGUGAUGAUAAGUGCUUGUCAGUUCUGAACUCGGUUGAAGAGACAAUAUCUCGUCAAUUGCGUGCAUGUAAAUCCCAAGCAUUAUCCAAGAAAAAAACACUAGAAGAGUUUGAAUCACUGCAGGAUAAUCCUGAGCUGGAAGAGGGUUACUGCAGAGCCUUGUUGUGCAGAUUACGUUUUCGUAAGCAUUUUCACCAUGUGGUUACGUGCAUGAGGAAACCUCAAGGAAGAGGAUUGGAUUUGGCUCGCAAGCAUGUUACGUCAUGCUUGGCUGAGCUUAGUUUGAUGCUGAAGUCCCAAGAGUUCCUUAAGUCUCGGUCUGACAUUACAUCGCAAAAAGGUGAUGAAAGCUGCACCACUGCAUCAGGUUGCUGCCCUAUUGGCUUUGAUGUCAGUCUGAAUAGCAGACUUCUGAGUCCAGCACCACCGCGUGCUGUUCAAAUACUCGCCUGGAGUGAUGCAAUUAGGUACUUUGAGAAGCUUCUGCAUGAUCUAGAUAUCAUUUGUGCUCUGUCGCUUGAUCCCGUGCUUGAGAAUGUUCUUCACUUCAUUGCACAGUUCCAAAAAUCUGUACCUGAUUUGGUUCCUAGAGCAUUUCUUCAGACUUUAUUGGUUCAAGAUGGCAAACUUUAUGGGCGAGACUUGUUUUGCGAUGUAAUUUCAAGGGCUUUGUCAUUACCGGAUAUUAUAGGAGAUAAGGAAUUCCAGUCGAAUGAGUUUGUAGUGCAGCUAGGUCAGUUGGUUAUCAACUUGCUUAAAAUUCUCUGUACAAACACUGCAUGGCAACGGCGCAAGCUUGGGAAGAGCUUGCAGGAUUGGAGUACCAUUUCCAUACAGUUGGAGCUUGCAUUGAAAAGAGAGUUCGGUGAAACUAGGAAUGUCUUGGCCGAUGAGAACAUGUGCAUGAGAGUAUCAAAGCAACUACUUGUUUGGUCUCAAGAACAUACAUACUGGAUUGCUUCUCGGUUUCUCAUAUUGGGUUUUGAGCUUGACCUCUAUUCUCCGAGUGAAUACUGUAUGGUGUACUGGUAUAUGCAUGUGGUGUUUAUAAAGCUGAUAGAGAAGAUGCAGUUACGAAUCCUUGCUAGCAACGAAAACUCGCGAAGAAAAGGGAAAAAGAAGAAGGAUCAUUCAAAGGACUCUGUACGAGACACACCAUUUCCUCCUUCAUGUUUAUUGCUUCAGUGCUAUGUUCUAUUAUCAGAAGGACUUUCAAUGUUGCUGGCUGCCCUGAGGAAGGAAAGCAAGUCAUUCCAGUCACCAAGUAUCUUCAAUACUGAACAAGAGAGAUUCAUGCAGCAUUUCGAUCUUCUCCAGAAAGCACAAAUACCCGAGUGCAUUACCUACUACAGUUUCAAGGAAGCGGCUGCCCAGGCAUACAUGGCAGACGUAAUGAAAUACAACUUUUUCAAGGAAAUCCAGAAGAUAAUCCCCUCCUUGAAAGGUAGUUUUGCGAGCGAACCAGAAAAGCUUGCAGAGCUCCGCCAGAUUGAACAGGUUGCCGAGCACAAUAGGAUAGCCCUAAACAUCAUCAACCACGUUGGUGCUAGCGAUCCGAAACUGAGGGUUUCGUUUGAGUUUACGCACCACCCCCACUUUGCGGUCGCAGUUGUAAAGAGAUCAUAGGUUCUUCUCAAGACAGGGUAAAAGAUUUUCCAACUCUGUUUUAGUGAUGGCACAGCUCGGGUCUGUCAUUCUUGAUUGUUCAUUUGGUUCGGGCAAAUCUCUCUUUAGGCUGCACGAACGUGACAAUUUUGUAGACAACAGGAAGAAUAUAGCAAAUGCCAGGAAAGGCUGACGCCCCUGGCUUUAUUCUGUCUAGCAAUUUUUGAUAUCAUUUAUUCUGCAAACACACACUGUACAAAUGUUCUAUAAUUCCAGCGAGAAGUUGUUGGCA